GUGACUAGAGUGAAUGCGGAUAAUUCCAUUAAUAGUCUGAAUUCUCUGUCUCAUGGUUAUCGCCUGGAUAAUUGUAGUUUCCUUAUUCCAUUUUGUAAAUACACAGCCUUUUAGAGAUUGCGGAUCAAAAAUUGGGUCAUUGAUUUCAUUAACUGUAACACCAUGUGAUAAAACCCCUUGCGCGUUAUAUAAAGGUCAUAAUUCAACAAUUACAAUAGAAUUCAAUACAAGCGAAACGGUUAAAAAUGGUCGUAUCUCUGUGCAUGGAGUACUUGCUCAUGUACCAGUCCCAUUUCCUCUUGAUAAUUCAGAUCUGUGUCAAUUCGUCAGUCCAACGUGUCCUCUGAUCAACUCUAUACCAAAGUACACACAUACAUAUACAAUGUUUGUUAAAACCAGCUAUCCAUCGCUGACUCGCAACUAAUUUUUAUUAACCGAAACAUGAUUAGACAAUGCGUCAAGGAUAGAUUGUCGCUUAUGCUCACAUAUAUGUGAAUUUACUCUUUUACCUGCUCCUGUGGAGCUGAUUAUAUUGGACGUUGUAAGCGUACUCUCCGAAAACGUGUGGCUGAACACUAUCCGGUUUGGUCAAUGAAAGUCGAACGAAGAACUGCGAAGUCGUCCAUUUGUGAUCACCUGUUAGAGUCUGGUCAUUUAGCCCCACGUGAUUCAUCUUUCAAAGUUAUCUACAUGGCAAAAUCGAAUCGCUCCAAAAGUUUGCGUUUUCUUCACUUAAGCAAAGCCGAUGCUUUAACUACACAUGAACAGAAACCUAAAUUAUGUGUUCAAAAACGUUUUGUCAAACCCCUUUCUUUACCUUCGUCAUAGUAAUGUUCUUUCUAGUUUUUAUUUUAUUUUACCACUUGAAUUCAUUCCACUUCACUUCACAUCUUUAUUCUUAUCAUAAUCGUAUUCCUAAUUUUUUAAAUUUUUAGACAACGCUUGACAUUAAAAAAAUAUUUUCGGUAUCAAUUCACUUAACAACAAUCUUUAAUAAUUUUGUAAUUCAUCCACUUCAACUCUACCCCUUAUAUUACAUUUUAAUUAUCGUUAUUCUUAUCACGUAUAUAUGUAUAUUACCACUUAGUAACCUUUUUUGUAAUAUAAAUACGACUGUACAGCUUGAAAAUGAAGUCGUUGAAAAGAAAUUUCUUCGCUGAACAAAAAAAACUGUGUUUUUACACAAGAAUGUGGCAAAUCAUAAUGUUAAAGACGUCCUUGAAUUCACUGCUAACGUACAUGAUAUCAAUGUAAAUGGGAAGCAAAUGCUAUCCUUAGAUGUCGCAUCACUAUUCACCAAUGUACCACUUAUGGAGACUGUGGAAUUUACAUGCCAACAGAAAAUGAGUUCGACACCGGAAUUCUACUUAUUAGUUUGAAAGAGCUGCUUUGUAAGAUGUGCUAUGGAUGUACACUUCACAUUCAACAACCUUUAUUGAAGACAAAUCGAUGGUAUUGCCAUGGGUUCUCGAUUGGGUCCAAUUUUGGCAGAUUUCUUUCUUGCUAAGCUUGAAAAUGGUCCAUUGAAACAAGCCUUCAACAGCGUUGACCGCGG